UUUUCGAAUUUACCGUGUAUAAAUUAACCGAUGAUAGCCCACAAUGUUUUAUUUACUAAUGAUCUGAAACAUGCUGUAUCCCUUAAUCUGGAAACUGUACCGUUCCGUUAUUGUUAGUAAAUCAUCAGAUAUAAAUAAUAACUUACACGUUAAAUACUCUAUUUACGAACAAUAAAAUAAAAUGACAGGGAAAAGUGUUUUUGACAUAAUUUGUUGUCAAAUCGAUGCGUUAAAACUUUUCCAGUACGCCUCGAUGCAUUUAGCCCUGCUCCGCCCCUGCAUUAGACUGACAGACAAAACCCCUCGCCGAAAGUGCCACGCCAUCAGAUCGCCUUCAGUUCUGUGCCGGCAGUAUCUAUCUAACACUACCGGAACAAUGUUGGGCGGCAUCUUGCUCUUAGUCGUCGGCGUGUCGCUGGCCGCUGCCGAUAUCCGCUCGGAUAUUGCGGAGCUUCAGGCACAAGUGCAGAGAGACAGGGCCGAUAUCGAGCAAUGGAUGAAGCGUAUCGAGGACCUCGAGGGCAUCAUCAAGGAGGAGAAGGAGAUAAUUUCUCGCCAGAAGAGACACGGAUACCGGUACGGGGUACCCAUGGCAUUGAUGGUUGCAGGCGCUAAGGGACCCGCUGGUGCGCCUGGUAAACCAGGCAAGAACGGCGCCGCUGGCCCUGCAGGCGAGGAAGGAAAUAAGGGAAUCAAGGGAGACCGCGGCGCACGUGGCCCACCCGGCCCCUAUGGACCAUAUGGAGCGGAGGGACCGGAGGGUGAGCAGGGCGUCCAAGGACCACCAGGUGUAGUCGGCCAGACAGGAUACCCAGGGGUACCCGGUGAGCAGGGUGAAGAAGGCGCAGCCGGGGUCAAUGGCGUGGAUGGAGCCCCGGGGGCAAAGGGCGUGACCGGAUACGAGGGACCACAGGGAUUCCCCGGCUACCCAGGAGAGAAAGGAGGUAGAGGCAUUUCAGGACCACCAGGAGAUGCCGGGGAUCAAGGUGAGCAGGGACAGCAGGGCGCACAUGGAAUGCCCGGAGAGCGCGGACAACAAGGCGCGGACGGUGCAGGAGGACCACAGGGACCAACAGGCGUCCCUGGAGGCAAGGGUCCCCGCGGAUAUCAAGGCGCUCCGGGCGAGACCGGCCCACAGGGAGCACCAGGGCCCGCCACCUACUACCAAGUCCGAUAUGUCGCUCAGGCACCCGUAUACUACGCUGCAGCACCCUCGAAAUACGCUGUCGCCGCUCCUUCCAAAUACGCUGUCGCCGCUCCUUCCAAAUACGCUGUUGCCGCUCCCACGAAGGGUUAACCGACUUAUCCAAUGCGAUGACACCUGGUUUUAUCGUUAUCUAAGAGCAAUUAUAUCGCUAUAUUUAAUACACAUAAUUGUUAGAUAUUAUACAUUGGUUGAACAUUGUAAAUUAGCUUUGAAUUUUACAUAUACAUGUAUUGGAAGCAGUACUAAAUAUUGAAAUUUUACUUGUAUAUUAAAUAAAUCGACUGAUUAAUUUGUUUGAAAGAUUCCGUUAGUUCUCUGUUAACGCCGAUGGACAUUAAUAAACUAUUCAUUAA